AUGUCAUACCAGAAGACUGCAUUGAUUACGGGCGCUUCGUCCGGUAUUGGGUUCGAAGCUACUAAACAGCUUGCGGACAAAGGUUACAAGAUUUACGCUGCGGCCAGACGGUUGACGUUGCUGGAGUCGUUAGAGGCCAAAUACCCGGGCCAAGUAAUCGCGGUAGAGUUGGAUGUGAGUGACCCGGAACAGAUUGUGGCGUUACGCGAACGGUUUGCCGCCGAAUUACCAGAUCAAAAAUUGGACUUGUUGUACAACAAUGCUGGCCAGAGUUGCACGUUUGCCGCAACAGACGCGACCCACGAAAUCGUGGAACGCGCUUUCAAAGUCAACGUGUUCGGACCCAUGAACCUAUGUCGCGAACUGUCGCAAUUUCUGAUCAAUAGCGGCGGAACGAUCGUUUUCACGGGUUCCGUGGCGGGGCUAGUGCCGUUCCCUUUCGGGUCAGUUUACGGCGCAACGAAAGCGGCUAUCCAUCAGUACGCGCGCGUGCUACACCAAGAAAUGAAAUGUUUCAACGUCCGCGUGAUUAACGUGGUCACGGGCGGCGUGCACACGGAUAUCGCAGACAAACGUGGGGUACCAGAAAACUCGUUGUUUAACGUACCCGAAGCCCGCGCGGCGCUUGAAGCGCGCCGUGAAAUGGCCAAGAACAACCACCCGAUGUCCGUUGAAAAAUACGUGGCGCGUGUUGUGCACGACAUCGAAAGCCGUCGCGAUCCAGUAGACGUUUACCGUGGCCGUGUCGCUUCCUUGGCUUAUUGGAUCAGUUGGCUCGUGCCGUAUGCAGUGCUCGAACGCAUUGUCUUCUAUCGCUUCAAGUUAUUCCCUUUCUACAACGCAAUGCGGCGCAAGCAUCCCAAGUCCGACUAA